AUGAGCGAGCGACCGCUCAAGAGGUCUGCCGGAACACGUGGUCACCGCAGUGCCCCUUUGAUUCUUGCAGCGGGCGAGAGACUCUUCGAUGGCGACCACAGCGACCCCGGCGAAAGAUGUCCGACAUCGCCCAGGGCGCCGCCGGCUUCUGCGAGCUCGCAGCCACAGAGCUUGUCUCCCAGAGAACACGUUUUGGUCCAAGCCAUGGACCGCUUGGCUGGCAUCGAUAUCCGUCGCACCUUUGACCUCGACGGCAGCGGCUUCGUCAGCGCCGCGGUGCUCAGGCGCUCACUGUCCGCCUUUGACCCGCAAGUGUUCAAUGCACACUGCCUGCAAUUGCUGCUCGGUCCGGCGCAAGCAGAAUCGGUACGCAUCCAAGACGUGUUCGGACCCUUCUGGCAGCCGUUCUGUCAUCGGGUGCAGCUGCUGGAGGAGAAGCUGGCCCAGACGAGGCGUAUGUCGCAGAAGCGGCAGGUCGAGCUCGCACAGACUGCGCAAGAUACCGCUGAUGCUUUGCGACUGGCACAGCGGGAACUUGCCCAGUUGCAGCCGCACAACAGCUGCCCUAAUGCAGACACUCAAGACGAUGCGAGGUCGAUACUGGAGCUGCGGGAGAGACUAGCUCAUAGCGAGCAGCAGCGGAAGAAGAUGGAGGAGCAGCUGCGCAAGAUGAGCCGCGCUGAACGGCAGGUGCCACAGAAAUCUUUGGCUCUGAAAGGCGCCGAGGAAGAGGGCGGCUGCAAGGGGAGGCGAAAACGUGGCACGCCACAUUGGCACGAAGAAGCAGCUGACUCUAUGGAUGUGCAAAAGCUCCUGUCUUCAGAGCAAACACGAAAGGCCUUGGAGCAAGACUUGCGCCACACACUGGCCAAGUUGGAGGAGGCCGAGCAACGGGUCCCAGUGGCCAGCGCCGUGGGUUCUGAAAUGUCGGCUUUCUGUGUGCGCUCGAAUCGUCCGAGUUUGGGCUCAAGCCUUGGCCAACUCGACGGGGUCCGUCCUUGCUCCAUGGGCCUCAUGCACAGCACCAGCAGCAAGAAAGAGCAAGGGGCAGCCGCGACAGCAGUUUUUGUCAACCAUGGUGGUGGACCCCUGCCUCUGCUCGGCAAACAACCUGCUAUUGCGAAGUUUUUGCAGGGCUACCCACGCUCUCUGCCGAGAGCCCCUGCCGCCAUCAUCGUUGUGACAGCGCACUGGGAGACCGGCUCUGCACUGAAAGUCACUGCAGCCAGCAGGCACAGCUUGUACUUUGACUAUGGUGGCUUUCCCAAGGAAAGCUACGAAUAUCAAUAUUCUGCUCCAGGGAGUCCUGAUCUGGCGCAGCAGAUUGUAGGGCUCUUGGCCAAGAAGGGGGUUCAGUGCUCCACUGACGCCGCACGUGGCUGGGAUCAUGGAGUGUUCGUGCCCAUGAUGCUGAUGUUCCCCAAAGCAGACAUUCCCUUGGUGGCGCUGUCCCUAUACAGCAACCAGGAUGCUCGCGCGCACAUGGCUGCUGGCGAAGCGCUGCAGCCUUUGCGCGACCAGGGUGUCUUAAUUCUGGGUUCUGGGGCGUCUUUCCACAACUUCGACUACUUCUUUGCAAGAGAUCCUUCAAGGCGACUCGAGGGUGUGAGCCACUCGCAGAAGUUUGAUCGCUGGCUCACGGAAACGAUGACCUCAGAAGCACUGACCCAUGAGGAGCGCAUGGCCCGCCUGUCUGACUGGGCUUCGGCUCCAUCGGCCCGGGAUGCGCAGCCGCUGGGUGCCGCUGAACAUUUAAUGCCGCUCUUUGUCGUCGCCGGCGCCGCUGCUAGGCAGAGCAUAUGUCGCUAA